CAUUGAGUAUCUAAUAUUUUCUCAUUAUUUUGUCAGAGAACACCGAAAACGAAAGUUAGAUAACAGAAAAUGCUAACAAAUACACUGCUAAAGGGACUUUAUUCCAAACGAUGAGUCACCAAACUGAGAUAGAGAAAAGAAAAUACAGGAAUUGGGUAAGAUGUGGAUUGGCAUAUAAAUAUCUAAAACAAGGACUGGAAGGUUUUGCUGAUAAUGUUGUCAAACAAGAACAUAAGAGAAUUCUUAGUUCUAUCAAUUACACACCUGGUAUUAUCUGUACUCGGUGUAUCAUUGGAAACCUGAAACCGACACAUGCAUGCAUAAUAAAUUCUGCAGGUAAAAAUGAGUGCUACUGGGGUCAACAUAAGUGUAAUUGUUUGCACACAAAGAAGGAAAAAUGUCGUCUUCAUAUAUGUGAUCGCAUUAUGGAAGAACUAUUUAGAAGCCAUGGAUCCACCCCGCCAACACUUAACUGGGCUAAUACAGAUAUUCAAAAAUGGUGUACAGAACCGUGGGAGGUCGCCAAAUCUUUCAUUAAUGCACCUGGUUAUUCAGAUAAGACAAAGGCAGCUGAUGUAGACAUAUCUGGAUUACUCCUUGUCUUCAUUAAUAAUACCAAUCUUCAUUCUCAUUUAGCAUGCUCCAUGGCUGGAAAAAAUGUUUUUGUCAAGGUGCGAGAAAGAAGAAACAAAUUGUAUCAUUCAACCACCAUGGAAAUUGAUGAAGGGGAAAUGUUUGAAUGUAUAGAUGAUAUCGUUGAAAUUCUUGAAGACCCGAAACAACUCAAAGGAAGACCCGAUGCUCAGCAAGCUGUCAAUAAACUCAAACAAUUAAAGAAUAGUGACUUCUUAAUCACUACCCACAAUGAGGUCGAGGUAUGUAGAGAGGCAUUAGCAUCCGUAAACCUAAAAUCAAAAGAAAUAGAACAGGCGAUUCAAGAUGCAAAGAAUUUCAUGAGUGAUGAAAAGAAAGAUAUUGAAGAGAGAUUGCAACAAGCAGCAGAUCAACAUAAAAAGGAUGUUAAAGAUGUCAGUGAUCAGGUAACGGAUACAGCUAAGGAGACAAUACAGAGCAGUCUACAAGGAGCUGUCAAAGAAUUUGACAAACACAGCGAAAUAUUAUAUGAAAGAGUAACGACACAGGAAACACACGUUUCUAGGAGAAUAGGGAAACUAGAAAUAGACGUUUCAUCUGUGGAAAAACGAGUAACAUCAUUAGAACGCACGGUUGGAGAAUUAGACUGUAUACGACAGAUGUUCAAGAAACGUUUAGAUAACGUCGAAGAGAAGAAAGAGCUACAAGAUAAUCUUGUUAAAUCUUACCAGAAGUAUUAUGUGAAGACAACACUUUCUCCUUUGAAGCAACAAGAAGAUAGCAUCAACGUUAAAGAUGUAUAUGUACCUCCUGAGAUAGAGGUUGUUGAUGAAAAUCAAUCAGCAAAUCUGGAUAAAGGUAGGAGGAAGAUGAAAGCGAAGGUUAAAGGAUAUCAAGACAUCUUUCAAACAAAAGGGCGGCAGAAUAGGAAGAUUUACAUAUUAGGUGAUGUUGGAACAGGAAAGAGUACGUUCUGUAAAAUGAUGAUUGAAAACUGGUGUACUGCUGUAACGGGUUCGACCGAAAGUUCUAUUCGCUACGAAAAUGCUUGUGACAGAAUGGUAUGCAGUGACAACAUUAUGGAAAAAAGCUGUGACGAUGAUGUCAGUCAGAUAGGGCAGUAUGAAUUUCUUUUCUUUUUACCACUGCAAUAUAUGUCAACAUUUCAGUCAGAUGUCAUCGUUGAUAUGAUUAAGGAACUCACAAAAGAUCUCAUUUCAGAUACAGAUUUGAUUGACAGAAUAUUUCAGGAAAACUCAAUGCGUUGUCUUAUCAUUGUUGAUAGUUUGGAUGAAUGGACGCCUCCUAAAGAUGUUGUGCGUAAACCGCAUGUAAGUUAUGGAAUACCAAACGGGGACAGAGCUAAAGACGCAACAGUCCUGACAUUAUCUAGACCAUCAGCAAAAGGAUUACAUAAUUUGAAAAAAUCCGAAGUUGAUCUCAAGUUUAAAUUAUUAGGUAUAUCUAGUAGCUCGAUGGAACGAUUCGUUAAACGAUACAUUUCUGAUUAUGACACCUUUUUCAUCAAAAAAUCUUAUGAUAAAUUCAUAGCUAUUUUGCUGUCAAAACAGAUUGAGCAUGUGGAGAAAACGCCAUUGCUUUUGCAACAACUUCUUUGGUUAUACUGUAAUGAUAUAUACAUCGGUGAAUCAAUUAGCGAAACUUACUGUCAGAUUUUAAAUACCAUGUUUGGUUGGUCAGACCAAAGUAAAGAAGAAGAUGACACUGAUGAAUGUCAGACUUUGGAAGAUUUCCCAAACUUAACACUGCCCAAUAUGUUAAAAAGAUUUCCAAGAUUAGAGAACAACAAACGUGUCCUAUUUCUCCUAGGUCGUACUGCAUUUGAAAAAUGUCUUUCUGGAAAAUUACAUGGAACAUUUGCUUGUACUUACCUUAGCAAAAGAGACUUGCCAAAAUGUGAUGUGGUUAAGCUUACACGAUUGGGCAUCUUGAAUGAGAAUAAGUGCUAUAACCCAACAUUCGAAGACACACAGCUGGAUUUCAUCCAUUUCUCUUAUCUCGAGUUUUUUGUUGCAUUAUAUGUAACGAUAUGUUGUUGCAUUGAACAAGUAGACUCACGUCCAGAGAAACAGAACAAUGGAAAACAUACGGUUGUAGAUGAGUUGCUUGGUACAUGUACAUCAGUUUUUGACGUAUUACAGUUGUCCAAUGUGAUUAAAAUGAUUUGCGGUUUAUCCCCCUUACUUAUUGGUGAUUUGUCAAAAGGGAUUUCCUGUAUUGUGAAUGGAGACAAACACAUUUCACAUCUUAGAAAAAAUGCGUGUAAAACGUUAUACAGAAAUGAUGAGAUUGUUCAGAUACAACGGCUGAUGGUAGACUGUCUCAAAGAGUGUGGUUCAUUUUGUAGGACAUUGGUCAAUAUCAGCGAUCUAUGCAUAAGUGAUCUUGAACCUAGUCCGUCUCUACAAAGGAUAAACACAGAUAAUGUGUUUUCUCUGGCAUUUGUAGAUUCACCAGAAAAUGAUGUAGUGGAGUACAUCACACAAUGCAAACAUUUGCAAUACUUAAAUAUCAAAUAUGUUUCCUUUAAGAGGACAGAUAUUUCAUUAUUAUCAGAACAAAUAUCUGUUAAACAGUUGAUGCUACAUUGUGUAGAUGUUGAAGAAGAUGAUGUUAAAGAACAUGCUACAGUUAACCUGACUAGACAGAACCAGAUGCAGAUACUUGAGCUUUUUUCAUGUGAUAAUAUGAGAAUUUCUGGCAUAAACACUGAAAAACUAAAACAAGUUCACAUUGAAAAUUGUCCUGGUAUAAUUAAUUUUGAGUUUUUAUCAAAUGCCCCGCAACUGACAGAGCUUUGCAUUGAGAAUUAUGAUGCUGAUUGUGUAUCACAGGGUCAACGUUAUCAUAUUGACUUGUCUAAACAAAUACAUCUCCAAACACUUAAGCUGAUAAACUGUCCUGAUAUAGUUAAUUUUGAGUUUCUAUCAAAUGCAGGCAGACUUACAGGCAGCCUCUUAGAGCUUUGUAUUGAGAAUACUAAUGCUCAUUUGGUAUCACAUGGUCAACGUUAUCAUAUUGACUUGUCUGAACAGAAACAUCUCCAAAUACUUAAGUUGAUAAACUGUCCUUAUAUAGUAAAUUUUGAGUUUCCAUCAAAUGCAGGUAGCCUCACAGAGCUUUGCAUUGAGAACAGUGAUUUUGUAUCACAGGGUCAAUGUCGUCAUAUUGACUUGUCUGAACAGAAACAUCUCCAAACACUUAAGUUGAUAAACUGUCCUGAUAUGUCAAUUACAGGAUUAAAUGUUGAACAACUUGAACAUAUAUACAUUUCUGGAUGUCCCACAAUGCACACUAUAAAACUGUCAUCUUGUACAAGCAAAUCUAAGAAACUUUUUGCUGACUUUGUAGAUGUGGAACAGUCUUUACUGGAACAGUUUUUACUACAAACAAAUUUGAGAAAACUGAGUUUAUCUGAUAUUAGAGAUAAUGUUUAUGUUGAUCUGUCUAGACAAAACCAAGUACAAACACUUAAGCUGAAAGAUUGUCCUGGUUUAGUCAUUACAGGAUUAAAAACUGAACACCUUGAACAGGUAUAUAUUUUUAACCUGGCGGAAUAUGUAUUAAGAGAUUAUCAAAACACUAUGUUUGACUUAAAUUGUUUAUCAAACGCAAAGAAACUCAUUGAAUUACACGUGGCUGGAUUUUUUGGUAAUGUAGCACCACUUGUAUCGUUAUUACAACAAACUACUUUAAAGCAACUGACUUUGACACGUAUGUAUCACGAUCAGGGUGUUUUGCUUGCAAUAGAUCUGUCUGAUCACAAGUUACAGAAACUUGUGCUUUCAAAUUGUAAUUGUAUGAAAUUUUACAACUUAAACACUGAUCACCUUGAACAUCUGGAAAUUUCACAUGGUUUAUUAGAUUUUACUAUAGUAUCAAAUGCCAGCAGUCUGACUGAACUCUGCUUAAGUGGCACAACAUUUCAAUAUAGCAAACAAGAAAAUAAUGUAGUACAUACUUUACAUCAACUUAGGUCACUCAUAUUAUCGGGUAUAAUUAUAGAUGAUAACGCUAUUACUGUAACACCAGAAAUGAAAAGUCUUACUUACAUCAAACACAGAGUAACAAGAAUGACUCUGUCAACAUGGUGUACAUUUGUUGAAAGUCUUCUUAGUCUUUGCCAAUCUGUUGAGGUUGAAGCAGUCGGUAUGACUAAAGAAAAACUUGACUUUGUACGAAAUAAUGUGAGAUUUGAAGUUAUUAGGGAUGAAACUAAUCAUUCUAUAUUUCAAUUUAAAUCAAGGAAAUAAUAACACCACAUUGAGUAUUUUGUGAUUAUAAGUGAUAUUGUAACACGCAGCGUCAGUUCGAAUUUAGGUGCAAUUAAUUUAUUACGGACAGGUUUAUGUCUCUUGAUAUUUCAACUUUCUGUAAAGUUAUUGUUGGUCUUGUUUCAUCUAAAUUUAAAGCAGUGAAUUUAUUUUUUGCUGAGGGUUUUAACAUUGUGCUUUUAGAAGAUUAUACCCAUGGUCUUUGUUUAAUCAUUUUUUAUUAUGCUAUUUUUAUACAUAACAUGUAUCAAUAUAACACUUGACCUUCAUAAAAUAAGCAUAAAUAAAAGCAAAUGUAGUGGGACAACAGUGCCCUACGGACAAAUUUCUAGUUUGUAUGUGUGUUUUUGUUUUUGUUUGUUGUUUUUUAUGUUGUUGAUGUUUGUUCUUGGAAAGGGGAGUUAAGGACCACUGUAUCAAUUUAUUAUAAAUUAUCUAUGUAAUUUCACAGUGAAAA